UAUAUAAACGAAGCAACUUUGGUUUCGGUACUCUAGUGUCUUUUUUCAACCUUUCUUCCUAAGUUGGAAAAAUUGUUUCGACAGCUUGCUUUUUACCAUGAGGUGUUUAAUAAUUCUCUGUUUAGUAGCUUGUGUUUUCGCCCAAGAUGCUGUUCCGGAAGUAAACUGGGGAAAAUGUCCAGAACUACAGCCAUCACAACAAGAACAGAGAGCAAAAGGGGAAGUCAUUCAACAAUGUUUAGACAAAAACCCACCCCCUGCUGAAGGUGCAAGCCUUACACAGGAACAAAUCGAUGCCCACAGAGAAACUAUUACCACCUGUGCAUUGAAAACUGAAGGAUGGUUUGGAUCUGACAACAAAUACAACUAUAACCGGGCCAGAAAAGAAAUCCAAUCCAAGAACAUGAAGCCUCAAGACCAGAUCCUGUCUAAACAUGAUGAAUGCAGCAAAGAAGCACAAGAAAACUUCCCAGAUAACAACAUUCCUCAAGUUCAAUUGUACCAAGCAUGCAUGGAUUACCACAUUACCAAGAUCUGUGACAUUAAAAUCACUCCUCCCGCUGGUGCUGAAGCUUCUGCAUCUGCAUAAAUCUCAACUUAAAAUUCAACUCCAGUAAAGAAAAAAAAGAAAGACCAUCUAUUGAAGAUAAAUAAAGGGCUUGAAAUUUAAAAAACAAAACAAACAUUUUUGUGAUAAACAAAUCAUAUGCUGGAUUGGAAGGAAAGGUCUUUUAAAAAAAUUGCAAAAUUGAAAAUCAUUUUUAUACAAUUUUGUUAGAAAAAUCCAUAUUUUUGUAUGAUAUACACACAUAGAUAAACAUUUGUGAUAAGAGGUGAGCUGGAGACAUUUUGUGAUGUUAAUAAACUGUCCUUUUUUGUUCCUAAA